AAAACAAAACUCAAUCAAUGUUUCAUGUUUUCUUCUCUCUUUAACCUCUAAUCUUUCCUCCCUUCAGAGCAAUGUCUCUGUCUAUCUUUCUCUUAUGGCUUGUCAGCAUUCCUCUAUGCCACAUCCAUGCCCUUCCAGCUCCAAGAGGUUUCCUCCUAAACUGUGGCUCAUCAAAAGAAAUCAAUGUGGGAAGUCUCAGAUGGAUCACCGACGAAGGUUUUAUUACCGGCGGUCACAAAACUACCGUUGACACACCGGGUUUGCUGCUGGUUUUAUCUACCUUGAGGUUCUUUCCUGACAAAAAUGUUAGGAAGAAUUGCUAUGUGAUUCCUGUGAUCAAAGGAGCAAAGUAUAUGGUUCGAACGACGUAUUAUUACGGCGGUUUCGAUGGAGGAAAUGAACCACCUGUGUUUGAUCAGAUCAUUGAAGGGAUGAAAUGGAGCACUGUUAAUACCACAGAAGAUUAUGCACAAGGUCUCAGCUCUUAUUAUGAGAUCAUUGUGGCUGCUCAUGGUAAGACAUUGAGCAUUUGUCUUGCUAGGAACAAUGACACAGUGUCAAGCCCAUUUAUCUCCACCCUUGAAUUGGAGAACCUUGAGGAUUCUAUGUAUAACUCCACAGAUUUUGUCAACUAUGCUCUUAGUACUGUUGCUCGUAGUUCCUUUGGAUACACUGGAGGCAUGAUUAGCUUUCCAGAUGAUCUAUACAACCGGUACUGGCAAGAAUUCACAGACGAAUCAAACCCAAUUGUGUUGUGUCACUCCAAUGUAACUUCAUCUGAUUUCUGGAACAUUCCACCAACAAAGGCCUUUUGGUCUGCAAUCACAACGAGCAGAGGAAAGACACUCAAAGUGCAAUGGCCAAACGUGUCCCUACCCAAGACCAACUACUACAUUGCCUUUUACUUCCAAGAUAGCAGAACCCCAAGUCCCUUCAGUUGGAGAAUCUUCAAUGUUUCUAUAAAUGGCAAGAAAUUCUACACUGACCUUAAUGUAACGGCGGCCGGCGUCUCCGUUUUUGCCUCCGAUUGGCCUCUCUUGGGGCUCACAGAGAUCACCAUGACUCCCCAACUUGGCAUGCCGGUCGGACCCAUUAUUAACGCCGGCGAGAUCUUCCAACUAAUACCUCUUGGUGGAAGGACAGUCCGUAGAGAUGUGAUGGCAAUGGAUGAAGUGGCAAGAAAUAUGAACAACCCACCUCCUGAUUGGUAUGGAGAUCCAUGUUUGCCUUCAGAAAACUCAUGGACUGGAGUCACAUGUCAUACUAAUGAAAAAUUAGCCCGGGUCCUCAAGCUGAACCUCACAGAUGCUGGCUUGUCUGGAACGCUGUCCCCAAGCCUAGGGAACUUAACUCGGCUGACCCACAUUUGGCUGGGAGGAAACAAAUUCACUGGUCAAAUUCCAGAUUUGAGCCCACUGAAUGAGUUGGUUUCUUUACGUCUGGACAACAACCAGCUGGAAGGGAGGAUACCUAAAUCAUUGGGGGAACUUGACAGCCUUCAGGAGCUAUUUCUACAAAACAACAACCUCAAGGGUCAGGUUCCUAAUGCCCUAAAAACGAAAAGUGGAAUCAAUAUUCAGUUAUAAAUCUUAAUGUGGAGACAAAGGCAAGUUUGAAUGUGCAAAGCCAUUUGAGAGGGAGAGAAAAAAAUGCAGAAGUCAAAGAGAGAGAAAGGGGGUUGCAAAGAGAGAGAAAUAGAGGGAGCCCAAUUUUCUUUGUGAUUGAUCUGGGGUGGGUCUUCAAAUUAUAGUGAUCAGUUUCAUCUCAAUGUCUCCUUUUGUAUUAUAUAACACUUGACUCCGUACAUCCAUCUUAUACAUGAAUAUAUGAGAUUGAUAUAACAAAAAAA